GAUGUACGGUCGACGCAAUCUGUACGACAUAGCCGAAAAAGUAGGUGUUGGUAGUCGAAUUGAUGAUGAAGAAUCAACGUUAGUCCUUUGGUCGAAGCGUUGUCAGUACGAAAGAAAAAAGCUAAAAAAAAAAAAGCCAUUGCGGGUUACGAACGAGGGCGAAUUUCCCUGCAUUAUGCAGCGACAUAUUGAUUGCACUGCACCAAGAGGGACUAACUUACAUGGCGCGAUCAGCUUAUCCGGGGACGAAAGACACAAAAGUAUUUGGUAA